AAAACUUUACAAAAAUUUUCUUCAACAUUAAGAAAAUCGCUUUUUUUAAGCGUUUUUCUUACAUCUAAAUAAUUUUGUGGUCGAAACCCGUUGAAGUGUAAGCCUUAAACUGGCGCUCAAGGUCAGGAAACAUCUAUCCUCCUACUCGCCAACGCUGCUGAGUGCCGCGUUCACAAGUUUGAAUAGCGUCUAUCACAGCAGCAGCGAUACAGCUCCGGACGAGGAGUCCUCCGAUCAUUCACAUAUACAACGCGGCCACCAGCAGCAGCGUCAUCAUCCACAUCAUCAUCAUCAGAGUCAUCAUCCGCAUCAUCAUCAUUCGCAACGAGAGUCUUCGUCGUCGUCGAGUCGCAACGAAAUGGGUGGCGGCGGAGGCGGUGGUGCCACUCCCGUAGCAGCCAGCAGUGAGGGUGGCCAGACCUAUUGCCUUCGCUGGAAUAAUCAUCAAACGAAUUUGGUACAAAUCCUUCAUGCCCUGCACGAGGUGGGCAGCUAUGUGGACUGCACUUUGGUGGUGGACGAUGAACAAUUCAAGGCCCAUCGUGUCGUAUUGGCCGCCAAUUCGCCAUAUUUUCAACAUAUACUACAAGAUGUUCCACAAGAUCAUUGUAGCAUUAUAUUGCCAGGUGUCAAGGGUUUCGAGAUUGCUGCCCUUUUGCAAUAUAUGUAUACGGGUGAGACGACAGUUACCAAGAGUCAGGAGCCCGAAAUAUUACGUACAGCCAAGGAGCUGCAGGUGAAGGGUCUCUAUGAUAACUUGAUGAAAUUCAAUAAUAAUAAGCCAACAAGUGCAGCCACAUCGGCGGAUGACCGUGUCCCCUAUGGUCAUGGCAAUAGCAUAGCUCCAACUUCGAGUUCUGGAGGUUCGGGUGGUAAGCCACAGAAUGGCGAUUCUUAUGGCCAUCAUCAUCAUCAUUCACAUCAGCAGCAGCAGCAGCAGCAACAGCAAUCGCAACAUCAGCAGCAAUCGUCCUCCUCCUCGGUGAUCUCAACGUCCACACAUAUCUCACCCAGUGCCGCCAUUUCGAGCAGCUGCUCGCCCCCACCGCCAGCAUUUGGUGCCUAUCAGCAGCCACCGUAUUCGAAUUAUGGUCCAUCAGGAGCAAGUCAUCCCUCACAUAUUCCAGCCGGCGAGACUCCAUUGACUCCCACACAUGCCACGCCACAUGCUGCAGCCGGUGAGGCUGGCCAAUGGCCACUGUCUCCAUCAGCUGCCGCUGCUGCCAUGUUGAAUUCCGUCUAUGAGUCUGCUGCCGAUAUGAAUCCUCUCAAGCGUAAGAAGCUCUCGGCCAUAUCCAGUAUGUUGCUCAAUAGUACACGAGAUACACCCAUUUUGCGUAACGUUUUGGCCCAGGCUAAUCCAGCGGAUUCCUCACAACAACAACAGCCACCGAAUCCUUUGCUCCUGAAGAGUUCCUCAUCAUCCUCAUUGGCAGAGAAGUCGACACCCCAUCAGAGUGGUGGCGGUGGCGGAAACCUUGGUGGCGGCGGUGGAGGCACUGGUAGCCACAGUUUCAAUGGCUCCGACUAUGGCGGUGAUAAGGAACCCCUGUCUCCACACACAGAUCGCUCAUUCGACGAGGAGACGGGAGGUCCUGGUGGCAAGAAACCGGAAUGGAAACGCUACAAGCAAUAUACCCGGGCCGACAUGAUGUGCGCCAUUCAAGCCGUACGUGAGGGCAUGAGCGCUCUGCAGGCGAGUCGUAAAUAUGGACUGCCCAGUCGAACACUCUAUGAUAAGGUGCGCAAGCUGAAUAUCACCACAGGCCGGGGAACACAUCGCACUCCCAAGCGUAGUCCACCUGGAGUGGAAUCUUCGGCUGCCUUCCCCUAUUCCGCUGCGGCAGCAGCUGCUGCAGCCCACAAUUAUGGUCAGUCCGAGCUCCUGGAACGCAGUGAGCAGGUCAAGGAUCAUGGUUCACAUCAUCCUCAUCAUGGCAUGCCACCAACCAUAUCCCAUUCGGCAGCUGCCCUCCUGGAUCAUGCAUUCCUCCAGCAGGCCCUGGAGAAUCGUGGCGGUGACAUGGCCGGACGUGAAGCUCUCCAUGCCAUGGCCUUGGCGGCAGCUGCUCAUGCAGCAGCCAAUCGUAUGUCCACCAGUCCCCCGGGUUCGGGUUCAAAUGGUCAUCCACAUGGAUCCGCAAGAUCACGUAGUCCCAGCCCCAGUCCACAGCAUUAUGCCGAGGAUCUGGAAAUGCACGAGGCCAAACAAAUGCACGAGCGUCUAAUCAAACGUGAACGGGAGCAGGAUGAGCGUGAAGAUAUUGAUGCCGAUGAUGAAGAGGAUCAGGAUCAUGAUCAUGUUGAAGAUCUAUCAUUGGCACGCAAAGAACGACCCGAGUCACCAUAUUCCCCACCGCCGCCAAGGGCAUCAUCGCCCCUGGAGGGAGCCAGUGUCAUAAUGCAUCACUCAUCGAAUUCCACCUCAACCAAUGGCAAAGAGCACGAGGAUUAUCCCAAUUCGGCACAAUCAUCGCCACCGCCGCCGCCACCGCCAUUGCCUCUCGGUUUGGGCCUUAAGCGAGAGCUCUUGGGCAACGAUGAGAUGCAAACACGCACAGACUGAUUGAUGCUCACCAUGGCCUGGCAGUAUGCAAAUGAUAGCUACGAUUCCAUAUGCUAGGUCAACACCAUCCCACCCCACCCCACCCCAUCCUCUCUCUCUCUCUCUCUCUCUU